AUGUGGUUUUCAUCGGAUCUUAUCAUGUUAUCAGUUACACAGGAGUACCUAUCAAAAUGUGUAAGCCAGGUCCUAGAUGAACUUGGGUUCAGCCACCAAGGAAUUAAAGAAAGAAUAAGAUUCGAUAAAAAAAUCUCCAGGGCAUCAGAUACCGUAGCUAAAUUUCUCUAUGAAAAUGAAAUGAUUGAAGAAAUAAUUGCAGGUAGUGUAAGUGAAGGUAUUGGAUUGCAAUAUUGUAAUGAUUUAGAUAUUGUGCAUAUAAAUCAUGCUGUUAUUUGCAGUGACAAUACAGUUCCAGGAAAUGAUAAACUGAGUUUCAAAAUAGAUUUGAAUAGAGCACCAGCAGGAUACACAUUUCUGGAACUGGUGAAUAAAGGUCGCGAGUCAGCAACUUAUGAAAGCUUUGAGUAUGCUGUUGUUGAAAAGGAGAGAGGGAGGUAUUAUCUUUCAAGUAAGCUUUACAUGUCGAAAAAAGAUGAUUUCCUGAUAAAAAAUAGUUUUCUGGACAAAAUAACACGGUUCAAAAAACAACAUGGCCCAUCCAUUCCAAGAAAAUUUGAUCAUUUCUUUGUUGAGGAGGAUUUACUUUCCCAUUAUAAUCUUACUGACAAGGGAAUUGACUUUGUCAGAUCUUUGCCAUGCAAAUUAGAUAAUAAAAUUUUGAAUGCAUGGAAGAGCAGGGACAGAAAAUGUGGUUGGCCAGGUCAAGAGACUAUAGACCAUGUAAUGUCCCUGCCAGUUCAUGUAGUUCCAGUUUGGACAGGAGAACUAAUGAUGACAUCAGCGGAAGAUCUGUCCAAAUGGAUGAGUGAGUACAUGGACAUGUUAGGCUUUGGUCAACAAAGAAUUAAAGAAAGAAUUGGAUUCUAUAGAAAAUUUUCAAGAGCUAUAGAUAUUGCUGCUAAAUAUAUCCACACAAAUGAUAAUAUUGAGGAAGUAAUAGGAGGCAGUAUAACUGAAGGUACCGGAAUGCAAUAUUGCAAUGAUGUGGACAUUUUGCAUGUAAACCAUGCUGUCAUUUGCUGUGGCAGUAGUACAGAGAAUGACAAAGUGAUAUUCAAAAUGGAGCAAAAAAGAGCUCCUGAAGGCUACACAUACCUUAAAUUAAUGAGGAAAGGUACUGAUUCUAAAACAUAUGAAAGCUUAAAAUAUGCAGUAGUAGAAAGGAAAAGAGCGGAAUAUCUUUCAAGUAAGCUCUUUAUGACAAAAAAUGACAAUUUUCUACGACUAAUUAAAGGUACUUUUCUUUACAAAAUUACACAUUAUAUGAAACCUUAUGGCCCCUCAAUUCCCUCAUAUAUGGAGCAGUUUGAUGAGGAGGGCUUGCCUUCCUCUAUGAAUCUCAUUGACAAGGGGAUGGAUUUUGUCAGAGGAUUCCCGUGCCAUGCUGAUAAAGAAUUGGAGGCAUGGAAGAAAAGGAACAGAAACUGUGGAUGGCCAUCUCAGGAAACUAUAGGCAAAGUAAUGUCUCUUCCAGUGCAAGUUGUUCCAGUGGGCAAGGUAGGCAGCACAGACGAGGAUCUGCAGUGGAGAAUCUCUUUCACUAUGGCAGAGGUUCUUUUAAUACAGUCAUUUAAUAACACUCAGACAAAGGUGUUUGUGCUGAUGAAACUUGCAGCAAAACACAUUUUUCAACCUAUGUGCAGCAACAUCUCCUCCUAUAUAGUAAAGACAGUUAUGUUAUGGCAAGCUGAAAAUAUUUCCCAGAAUGAAUAUUGUGAGGAGAAGUUGAUUUCAAGAAUGAUGGAUGCAUUUGCCUUCCUUAACCCAUUGCUUCAUGAGCAUUUUGUGAAAAAUGGCUGUUUUCAUUGAAAAGUCUCCCGUUACAAGUUCAAAUUGCUAUAAUACUAUAAAAACUGCUUCAACACUAAUCAAACUUGGCACAAAUGUUCACUGGACAAUUGCCCUUGCAACAACAUGCUCGGGCUGAAAUUUUCUGUUACCAUGGCAACGAGGGGACAUCUCAAAAUUGCCAAAAAUCACUAUUUUGCGUUGAUUUUUCCAUCAAAAUUGAUUUCAAAGUGCUGCAACUUCUCAAUGGAUUGAGAUAGAGUCAAAUGUUUUUCAGCGUUGGUUACACGUUACCUUAUGAUCAAUCUGGGGUCAUUUACAGCCUCUCACAAGUCCAAAAUUUUCUUGGCGAUGAGGGGGACUCCGCCCCCCUUCAAACCCCCCCAAACAGAAGGGGGCACAUCCCCCUUCUGGCAACCCCCUGAUGUAUCUUUUGGUUGGGGGGCCGCGCCGAAAAAGAGGUCACUUUUUUUAACAACAUUUCUCAAACAAAAACAAGUGUUUGGGGCCUAAAUAAGGCAUUUUUUCAUCAUUUGAGACAACAAAAAGGGGGGGGGUGAAAAAGGCGUUAAAAGGCGUGUAUAUGAAGUAAUGGGUUAACAGAAAAUGAUGAAAAUACUUGAAAUUACCCUUAAUCGCGUUUUUUCAUGUUUAAACAUGGUCUGUCAUAUAAAUUUGAAGAAAAAUUGUUGUUUUGUAGAUUUUUUUAUUUUAUUCAUUAACAGAAAAUGAUGAAAAUACUUGAAAUUACCCUUAAUCGCGUUUUUUCAUGUUUAAACAUGGUCUGUCAUAUAAAUUUGAAGAAAAAUUGUUGUUUUGUAGAUUUUUUUAUUUUAUUCAUUAACCCAUUGCUUCAUGAGCAUUUUGUGAAAAAUGGCUGUUUUCAUUGAAAAGUCUCCCGUUACAAGUUCAAAUUGCUAUAAUACUAUAAAAACUGCUUCAACACUAAUCAAACUUGGCACAAAUGUUGACUGGACCAUUGCCCUUGCAACAACAUGCUCAGGCUUAAAUUUUCUGUUACCAUGGCAACGAGGGGACAUCUCAAAAUUGCCAAAAAUCACUAUUUUGCGUUGAUUUUUUCCAUCAAAAUUGAUUUCAAAGUGCUGCAACUUCUCAAUGGAUUGAGAUAGAGUCAAAUGUUUUUCAGCGUUGGUUACACGUUACCUUAUGAUCAAUCUGGGGUCAUUUACAGCCUCUCACAAGUCCAAAAUUUUCUUGGCGAUGAGGGGGACUCCGCCCCCCUUCAAACCCCCCCCCCCCAAACAGAAGGGGGCACAUCCCCUUCUGGCAACCCCCUGAUGUAUCUUUUGGUUGGGGGGCCGCGCCGAAAAAGAGGUCACUUUUUUUAACAACAUUUCUCAAACAAAAACAAGUGUUUGGGGCCUAAAUAAGGCAUUUUUUCAUCAUUUGAGACAACAAAAAGGGGGGGGGUGAAAAAGGCGUUAAAAGGCGUGUAUAUGAAGUAAUGGGUUAACAGAAAAUGAUGAAAAUACUUGAAAUUACCCUUAAUCGCGUUUUUUCAUGUUUAAACAUGGUCUGUCAUAUAAAUUUGAAGAAAAAUUGUUGUUUUGUAGAUUUUUUUAUUUUUUUCAUUAACCCAUUGCUUCAUGAGCAUUUUGUGAAAAAUGGCUGUUUUCAUUGAAAAGUCUCCCGUUACAAGUUCAAAUU